AAGAUGCCGCUGCUUUUUUUCCAGGUCUUCACCGACCAUGCAGAUCUUUGUGAAAACCCUUACAGGGAAGACUAUCACCCUUGAGGUGGAACCUUCAGAUUCCAUCGAAAAUGUGAAAACUAAAAUCCAGGAUAAGGAAGGUAUUCCUCCUGAUCAGCAGCGACUCAUUUUUGCGGGCAAGCAACUGGAAGAUGGCAGAACACUUUCUGAUUACAACAUACAGAAAGAAUCCACUCUUCACCUUGUGUUGAGGCUGCGUGGUGGUGUUAUUGAACCCAGUUUGCGUUUAUUGGCACAGAAAUACAACUGUGACAAAAUGAUCUGUAGGAAGUGUUAUGCCCGUCUGCACCCCCGUGCUGUCAAUUGUCGCAAGAAGAAGUGUGGACACAGUAACAACUUGAGGCCAAAGAAGAAGCUUAAGGGCUAACUCCCCCAUUGCUUAAUUGUAGUGUGGAGCUUGGAUGUCAAUGAUGUUGAUCUAAACUUGGCAAUAAAUAAGCUAUAAAACCAUAA